AUGUGGCGCGACAUGAUGCAGCUGGCCGGGGAGGGCCAUGACCCCCAGCAGCUGCUGGGCGUCAGCCAUGCCGUGUGGCUGAGCAGGCACUACCAGUGUCUGGUGCAGCGCUUCAUGGUGCUGCAGCUCGAGGAGGCGGGCGCAGCGCCGUUCCAGGGCGGGACCCUGGGGCCGGCGGCCUGGGCGGCCACGCUGGCGGCGGUGGAGGCGCGCUCCUGGCGCCCGGUGCUGCCUGGGGUGUCGGCAGGUCUAGGCUCCUACCAGCGUUUUCCGUCCCCAUACUCUAUAAGCAAGUUCCUCGCCGUCCCAGCAGCGCCGAAAGGCUGUGCCAUGGUCUUUUACUUCAUGUACUGCGGCGACACCGAAUCCCUCGGCCCGGGGGAGGACCCCUGGUGGCAGUACAUCGCCGCUGAGGUGGACGUGCGGCAAUACAGCGGCGGCUGUCGUGACGCCCUGGCGGAGCGGCUGCUGCGACCCACGCCCGGCUCGUCGUCCCUGCCAGUUGGCAAGGCCAGGGACCCCGUCAUCAAGGCGCGGCGCCUCAUCAGCACGGGCAUCUUUGAGGCUUGUGCGAUCUGCGCGUGCAGCAAAGGCGCCCUGGUGGUGCCGUGGCUCGUCCAUGCCGCCGAGGCUGCGCUGCGCGAGGACGCGGCUACGGGCGGCCUCAGCGAGUGGGAGCGGCUCGUGCUGCAGUGCUUUUCGACGUUCGCGACCUGCUAUCUGUGCCCGGCCCUGGACGAGUGCCUUGCGGCUUUUGAGGCUGCCCACCAGGCCGUCGCCGCCGCCGCUGCGCCGCGCGGGCUCAAGUCUGGAGAGGCGCGAGCCGCAGGCUUGCGCUCGUGCGCUGAAAUCCUGGACUUGUCAGCUGCCAUCCUUGCAGUCCAGGACGAUGUGGCGCGCUUGGAUCUGUUGCUGCAGCACGGGCCGCUUUCAAGCAGUGUGCAAUUUGAGCGGUUGUACCAAGUCAUGUUGAAUCCCGGCAAGAGCGGCAAGCUGCUCAACAUCUUGGCGACGGCCACCCUGAACGAGCUGCUCUUGGAGUGGCUUGAGCAGCAGCAGCAGCAGCAGCAGCAGGAGCAGGUGCAGCAGCAGGAGCAGGAGCAGGUGCAGCAGCAGCAGCAGCAGGAGCAGCAGCAGCAGGAGCAGCAGCAGCAGCAGCAGGAGGAGCAGCAGCAGCAGGAGGAGCAGCAGCAGCAGCAGCUGCGGCGGCGUGGCCAAAUCAACAUGGCGGCGCGGGCGCGCGGCGGAGGAGCGCCUGCGGCGCAGGCGGCCGCUGCCGGCGCUCGUGCGGCGGCGGCGGCGCUGCUAGAGCUGGUGGUGGAGGAGACCACAACCGACGCCGCUGACGUGGUUGCUGCAUUCGAGUUUGUCACCAGCACCCAAGGCCGCGGCCUGCCCCUCUGCGCAGUAGGCGCCGCCAGCUUGGGGGCCGUGCUUGCGGCAUUUGCGGCGGAAGGCAAGCACGAGACCGCGUGGCAGCUGGUGCAGCGGGCCGGUGGCAGCGGCACGGGAGAUUCUGCAGGGGAUAGUGCAGGCACCAGCCUGCUAGCCCAGCUGAUUGCAAUCUGGGAAGCGCUGCCCUCACAGCGCUUGCCCGCCCCUGUGCUGCGCGCGGCGGCCGACGCAGCGGCGACGGAGGACGAGGCGGCGGCGCGGCGGCUGGCGGUGCUGCUGUGCGCGUCGGCGGGGCUGUCGGAGGCGGCGGUUCAGAUGUACCAGGAGUUCCGGCAGGCGGGAGGGCAGCCUGAGCUGGAGGGGGGCCUGCUGGAGGCGGCGCUGGCGGCCGCGCACGAUGCACCGGCUGAGGUGGCGACCGGGUCGGCAGCUUUUGCCGCCAUCCUGCGCUUUGCCCAGUCCCUUUGCCCCCCCGGCACCACCUGGGUGCCCGGCGCCCCCAUCGCAUGGCCCGCAUUCUUCGCCGUGCUCACCAGCAGCGCAGCCAAUGGCGCCAACCACGACGAACGUGAGGCGGCCGCGGCGGCAGUGGGGGCGGUUGAGAAACUGCUGCUCGACAGCGACGGCCUGUGGUCAGCCGGGGGUCAGGUGGCCGCCCUGCCUUCAGAGGCGGCCGCAGAGGGCAUGCGCGCCCUCGUGCCGUGGGCGCCCCGCGCUCCAGUGGGCGCGGCGGCCGCUGCGCGGCGGCUGCUGACCACAUGCGAGCUGCGGGGCGGGCAGCAGCAGCAGCCUCAGGGCCCCUCAGCUGCCCAGCGUGGCGGCUCGCCAGGCGGCAGCGGCAAGCGCAGGGGUGCUCCUGCUGCAUCGCGCUCGUCCCGAGCGGCAGGCGUUGCCGUCCUGCAGCCAGUUCUCACAGGAGCUGAUGCCGGCAUCUACUCGGCAGCUGCCGCCGUGCUGGCCGCGGCCGGCGACGCGGCGGGAGCUGUCAAACUGCUCUCGCCGCUCCUUUCUGGUGCUAAGGAGCGGGCGCUUGUUGCUGCGUCUGGUGGCAGUAGCGGUUCUUCCAUUGCUGAGCAGCAGCAGCAGCAGCAGCAGCAGCAGCAGCAGCAGCAGCAGCAGCAGCAGCAGCAGCAGGAGGAGGAGGUGGCUGCUGAGUUGCUGCUCUUGCUGCCCCCAGGUCGCCGCUCUGCGGCCGCGGCGCCGGUCCUGCGCCUGCUGGCCGCGGGGGGCGUGGGGGCGGUGACGUCACCAAUCCUGGUGGAGGCGCUGACUGGACAGGACCUGGAUGCCGCAGCUGAGGCUGACCUAGCAGAAGCGUUUGGGAGCGCCUUUGUGGAGGCACUGAUGGUGGCCGCGUUUGAGGGCCUGCCCGCACUGGGCGGCGGUGACUCGGGCUCUGCGCAGGACGGCGGUGGGACGUGCAGCCUGGCGCUGCGGGCUCGCCCCGGGGGGCCGGGCGGGGACAAGGGCAGCAGCCGCGACGCGGCUCUGCGGGACUUGCUGCGCGCCGUCGAGUAA